ACUAUGACAGCUGCUCAAGAAAAUUACAGUCUCCGUUGGAACAAUCAUCAAUCGCAUAUCUUGCAAUCGUUUGAUGCACUUCUCCAACAAAACUCCCUCGUUGAUGUGACACUUGUGUGUUCAGAUAGAUCGCUUCGUGCACAUAAAGUUGUUCUCAGUGCAUGUUCUCCAUUUUUUGAGAGAGUUUUCAACGAUACACCUUGCAAGCAUCCCGUUAUAGUUCUGAAAGACUUCCGAGGAUGGCUCGUUCAAGCCAUUGUUGAUUUUAUGUACCGCGGUGAAAUUUCCGUCCCACAAGAAAAACUUAAUCAGUUGAUUCAGGCAGGUGAAUCUCUUCAAGUUCGCGGACUUAUAGGCGCUGUUCCUUAUACAAUUCCCACUGAAAGUGAUAUCGAAUCGCAACGUGAAACUUGUGUUAGUCCAAUGCCUCGUAGAAAACAAGCAAGACCACGACGACGCUCCGGCGAGCUCACAGAUCUUCCACAAGAUUUGAGUAACGGAACAAUCAUUACAAAAUGUGAACAAGAUGAUCCACAAACAGACACAGACGACGAAGAUAAUGAACUACACGAACUGGCGAAACGUGUACGACAAAAUGGAGCUAAUGAUGAUUCAAAAAGUCACAACGACGACAACAACAAUGGACUUGAUGAUGACGAAACAGUGGAAAAUGAAGAAAAGGAGAAUCAACCUGGAGAUCCAGGAUCAACUGACGUUCCUGAAAAUCUUUGUAUGAAGAAACCUGCUGAAAAUGUGCACACAUCGGAAGGUCUUGUCGGUGAUAAGAAUAAUAACAACGAUGGUAAUAGCGGAAAGAAAAGAUCAAAUGCCGGACCACAAAAUGACUUUCAUGAAAGAUUCAUUUUAAGUCUCAAAGAUUUACGACAUUUAAGACAACGUCAGGGUCCACCGAAUCAUCCAUUCAGUGACAUUCUUUCUCAUCUUCCCAUAUCGCCACCGCCAAGUUUUCAUAUCGGCCAUCAAGAUGGUAAAGACAGUCAAAAUAUGAAAAUUGAUAGCGAUCAUUCAGAUGCUGAAACUCCACCAUUUCCUGAUCAAAUGGAUUUAGCUCAUCAUCGUAAUCACCUCAAUUCAAACUUAGAGAAAUUAUCACGCGAACAUCAAAAACAUCAACAAAUGAUGCAACAACAGAACUCGGGAAUGCCACAAUUUCCUCCACCAUUUCAUCAAGGUGGUGAUGGUCAAAUGAGGGCACCAGGUCAUCAUGGACAUCCUUCAUCACCACUUUCAUUUCCAUCUGUAUCCGCAUUAACGCUUACACCACCACACAUGUUUGGAUUAGAUUCACCUUUAGGAUUGUUUCCACCUGGAAUGGAUCCUUCUAAAAUGUAUAAUCCUAUGAUGGAUUUACCAGAUCAUCAUCCAGCACAUCAUCGACAACUCCAUCCAGAUCAUCAGCCGUUUCUAAAGAAGAAAUUGAAUAGACCGAAAGGACAACACAGUGCACCACGUGGUGGUCCACCAAGAUCGUGGACAAAUGCUGAACUCACUGAAGCAUUGCAACAUGUUUGGAAUAAAAAGAUGACAACAAGUCAAGCAUCGCGGAUAUUUGGCAUUCCAUACAACUCUCUUCUGAUGUACGUGCGUGGAAAGUACGGAAAAAGUUUAAAGCUUGAACAGUUGAGAAAAGAUUGCAUUAGUGGCCCGCCGAUUGAACUUCUUCAAAUGGGGCCAACAGCUCAAGCAAAUGAAAAUAAGAAGAAAGAAAAAGCCUGUCAGGAUGGUGAUGAAGGUCAUUCAAAUCGUGAAAAUAAUCCUCAUGCUCCAUCGAGUGGGUCUAGACGAAGCGCCUCGAGUGAACCUGACAUGAUGAUGAGUCAAAGUCCGCUUUUCAAUCCUUUUCCUGGCGGUUUCUACCCAGAUUUCCAGGGAGCUGCUGCCGCAUUUCCAGGUCUUCAACUUAGUAUGUUGAAUCUUUUACCUCCUGACGCACGAAUGCAUCAUCAGUCAAUGAUGCCCAUGGUGAUUGAUGAUGAUUGUAAAAGUGACAAUGGAUCGAUACAAUCAUUAGAAGAUUCACUGCCAGCGACACCAUUGAACUUGAAUCGUGAGAAGAAUGGAGGAUCGUCUGGGCAGGCGUCGAAUCGUCAAAUGUAUCAGAACUGA